AGUUUAGCCGAGGUCCAUGUCUGUGAGAAUACUUGGAGAAACUAUCAAGGACAGAAACUUAGUCGCUUCAGUUGAGUGUGAUUUAUCCGAGGAGCUGGGAGAAAAAACAUAAAGAGAGCUUUUUCCACAUCAGAGCGGCUGUGUAAAAGCAAAAAACCCAACGAGGAGGCACAUAAACAGCAGCUUCAUUCAACAAGCCGACUUAUAAUUGUAGAAUGACGGCUACUCACAAGCGGAGCCUGAGCCCCAUGGGGAACGGCCCCGCUCGACGAAAUCUGUUCGGCCCAGUCGACCGGGAGCAGCUACAUGCAGAGUACCAGGCUGCCCUGCGGAAAGACCUGGAAGAGGCUUCGCAGCGCUGGGGCUUCGACUUCAUCUCGGACCAGCCUCUGGAGAGCGGCGAUUUCCAGUGGGAGUGCGUCACCGGUGCCAAGGUGCCGCUUCUCUACAGGUCCUGUAUGCUUGGCUUGGGAAAGGCAGAUGGUCAGAGGGCAGUUACGCCCAAGGGAGCAGUUACACCCAAGGGAGGAAGGGUGGGGCCGUCACAGAGCGAGAAGGAGAACAUCCCAUGUACGCCAGAGAGACGUGCACUCAACCCAGAGGACCUGGAGAAAACACCGGAAAGGAGAGGAAAUACUGCGCUGAAGAGGAAACAGACAAACAUUACAGAUUUCUAUCAGGCUAAAAGAAGAGUAGUUGGGAUGCCACGCAAAUCCGGCGAGUGAUACUCUGGUUCUGUUUCACUAAUCCAAGAGAACCACACAUACAGUACUACGCUCAGGAAUACUACGCUCUGCAUAGACUCUGCACUCAUCAGGGGGUCCUGUACCCAGUGAAUCAUCUGACGACAGAAGGGACCUCAGCUACACAUAAAGUUAAUUAGGGUACUGCAUUCAGUGGGGGGGGGGUUGGUGUUUUCCCAGGGGUAAGAAGGGGACGUUUGAGCAGAGAAGAUUAACAGUAAUCUCUCGUAUCAGUGGAUUUAUACUCAUUUGGAUCAUGAGGAUGCCAAAGUGUUGACUGACAUUUCCUACUGUACAUUCCACAGUGCUAAAAACGCAGCCUCUGCUCUGCAGAAACUCUGGGCUUCUUUGAGCUCAGAGAUACGACAGAUGAACAAAUUACUGUACACACUUGAAGCAGUUGUCUUGUAGGUUAGAAUCAUUCUGUGCCGUUAAGUUGAGGAGUGGAUGUGACAAAACUGCAGAAUGAUUGUAAAUGGUAGAGAAUGCAUGAAGCCCUUUGGCUCCUUUGUUCAAAUCCAGUAUUGUUUUUCUACGUUGUUUUUUUUCUAUGUGUAUCAUGAGGGCUAAGAGUCUUUAUUUCCUACAAAACAUUUGUUAUACUUUAUAUAUCCAGAUGUACAGCUGUGUUUUCUCUACCAUCAUGUACUCGUUGGAAAAAGCUUGAAGUGUUCUGACAUCCUGUACAUGCAGUCGCUUUGCUUAGAUUAUUAACGACAGAAGUGCCAUCAUGUUCUUUUACAUUCUUUCCAUCUGCUGUAUGUCGAUUGAUUCUCAAAGCAGAUCUCCACCAGUGCCCUGUCCAGACUCUGACAUGUGUACAGCACCAGGUAGUGUAGGUUAGGAGCAUAGCACCAUGGCUUUGGAACGACGCUCAAAACACUUAUAUUUAGGUUUAUUUAGAUAUAUAUCAGAGAUUUAUCUAUAGAGUUUAAUACAGCACUGUAGUAGCAUUAUCAUUCAUUAUCAUGACAUUGCAGUAUUGCACAUACAUCUGAUAGGUAGUGUAUCCGAAGGACCCAGUUUCAAGUGCGUUUUGGUAUUUAAGAACAAUCAGAGGAAAGAGUUUUCAGAAGCAAACGUAUUAUCUACAAAGCUAAAGCUGAGUGCUUUAUUCUUUUCUAUUUGGAAGCGUAGUGCAAUUAUAACAGACAAUGUGUUAUUAUCUGCCUCAAAACAAACAAGACCCUUAUUUAUGUCUAUGUUGGCAUAUCCUGCUGCUAUGGGUAAUCUGAGUGGGUGUCAAAGAAGGUCAGGGUAAUGCUAAUCCUUUACGAAUUGACAUCUUAGAAAUGUUGGCCACUGCAAAUACGAAGCUAAGUAAAUACCAGAAUUACCCCAAACAAUGAAUGCACUUCUGUUUGUAGACGCUUGUGCACAUGUCCUACAUAUUCUUUUAUGUUGAAAGCUACAAGUGAAAAGAUUUAUCCUUAUUUAUUGUGAGAUACUAUGCCUCAUGUUAAUUUAGGUUUUGUUUAUUAUAAGAAUUCCAAUAAAAUGUUCAAAUUAUUUUUUUUGUAAAUGUUUUGCUUUAUUGUAGUAUUUAAUUUGUUCGAUCCUUCUUCUCAUGCUCAUUCUCAUGAAGUGUGUGUGUGUGUGUGCAUGCUUGCACACUGGUGUGUGAAAGACAGGUUAUCAAAACUGAUGAAUAAAUAUGUGAAAUAGC